ACCACUAUCAUCGGCCUCAUCAAGGACGGUGACGAGUCUGCAUAUCGACAGGAAGUGGUGCGGCCGACACAACCUGGAGCUGAACACGCUCAAGACUGUAGAGAUGAUCGUGGACUUCAGGAGGCAUCCUUCGCCACAGCUGCCCCUCACGUUGUCCAACGAGCUUGUGUCAACCGUCGAGAUCUUCAAGUUCCUGGGAAUUAAAGUCUCUAAGGGCCUGAAGUGGGCGAUCAACAUCAACUCCGUCCUCAAAAAGGCCAAGCAGAGGAUGCGGCUUCUGAGAAAGCACGGCCUGCCACAGGAGCUGUUUAUGCAGUUCUACACAUCGGUCAUCGAAUCAGUCCUGUGUCCAUCACAGUCUGGUUUGGUGCUGCUACAAAAAACGACAAACUCCAUCUGCAACGGACAAUCAAAACUGCUGAUAGUAUUGUCGGUACCCCCCUACCCAUCCUUGAGGACUUGCACGCUGCCAGAACUAAGACAAGAGCGUGCAAAAUCCUCUCGGACCUUCCCUCAGGAGCAGGCGGUGCCAGUUCCCUCCGUACAAGAUCACCUCCAGAGAGCCCAGGCGGUUUGGAAGGGCGUCCGGGCAGCGCUGAACCGGUCCGCGGCACGCAACAAGCAGCUCGGGGACUGUCAUUGCUCCCAGACGCCCGAAUACAAGGCACCUACAAGACAACAGACUUCUACAACAGCACACAGCUCUCCAGAAUUUCAAUCCCCAGUGAGUGCAAAAAAGACAAAGAACACAAAAUGCAUUUCUAGAGUUCCCUUUAGAGGAACAUGACCAAAAACGACUUGAGACUGAGGUGGAAACUAAUUAAAUUUUUAUUAAAUGUUGUUUGUAUUAACGUUAUAUUGUUAUUUCUAUUUCAUAUGUACA